AUGGCUAGUAUUUCACAAAUCAGACGACUCGCAACCCAGGUCCCACCCAAGGUUACUUCUUUAAGAAUUGGGAUGAUUCCCGCGGAUGGUAUAGGUCGGGAAGUUCUGCCGGCAGCUCGACAAGCAUUAGAAGCGCUAGGAUCUGAUAUUCCUAAGCCUCAAUUCGUUGACCUUGAUGCUGGUUUUGAGUUUUUCACUAGGCAUGGCAUUGCGCUCCCAGAAGAGACGGUUGAAGCACUAUCUAAUGACUGCAAUGCAGCCAUGUUUGGUGCUGUUAGUUCUCCCUCGAGAAAAGUGACGGGAUACUCUUCGCCAAUCGUCGCAUUGCGGAAGAAACUUGACCUAUAUGCAAACAUCCGCCCAGUAUCCUCAGUAAAGGGUACACCUGGCCCAGAUGUAGACAUGGUAGUCGUACGGGAAAACACUGAAUGUCUAUAUGUCAAGCAAGAGAAGAUCGAGGAUGGACUGACUGGCAAAGAGGCUCGUGCAACACGUCUGAUCACCGAGUACGCCUCCCGUAAGAUAGGAAAGAUGGGUUUUGAGGUCGCAUUAGCUCGAGGUGGUCGACGGGGCAAGCCUCCGACCUUGACUGUGGUUCACAAAUCGAAUGUUCUCUCAGUAACAGAUGGUCUGUUUCGUGAGACAGUACGUGCAGUACCUACGCUCCCCGAAGUCGCUGGGAAGUACGACGGAGUAACUGUGAACGAGCAAUUAGUGGAUAGUAUGGUUUACAGGAUGUUCCGCGAACCACAGGAAUUUGAUGUCGCAGUUGCGCCCAAUAUGUAUGGCGAUAUUAUCUCCGAUGCUGCCGCGGCUCUCGUUGGGUCCCUUGGGCUCGUGCCCUCUGUAAAUGCAGGUGACUCGUUUGUGAUGGGCGAGCCUGUCCAUGGUUCAGCCCCCGAUAUUGCUGGAAAGGGGAUUGCGAACCCCAUUGCGGCAAUUAGAUCCGCUGCGUUGCUUCUUUCCCACCUGGGAUAUCAUGCCCCUGCCCAACGUAUCAAUAAUGCAGUGGACGAGGUGCUUCGCGAGGGUCAAUUCAUCACACCGGAUCUGGGAGGAAAGAGCACGACGAGCGAGGUCACAGAUGCUAUCCUGAAGAAGAUCUGA